AUGGCGAGCAGCUCAGCCUCUGCCAGCGGGCAGCGUCAGCCCCCUCAGGAGCUGGAGAUGCUUCUGCCCGGCUUGAUGGGCGCUCUGGCGUGCCCUGAGGAGCAGGUGAAGGAGGUCGCGCCCAGGCGCCUUGGCAGCAGGGCACAGUUCGACGCUAGGGGGGCCGAGCGCGCGAACGCCGAGGAGCUCCAGGCCGGCAACGACGACGUGCAGGCGGUGACGAAUGACUCCACCGAGCAGUCGGUGACCGCGAGGCUGCAGCUCUGUGAGCUCAGAAUGGGUUUCUACAGCAAAGCCGUGGCCAUGCUGGAGAGCACGAGCAUUAAGCCGCCCCUUUUGCCCGCGGCUGCGGUGGGAAUGGCUAGACCAGUGAGCGCAGAUGAUCCAGAAGAGCAAGGUCUCAUCAGCUUAUGCAAGGCAGUCAAGAGCUGGCUGGAGAGUCAGAACGAUGCCACGUUGCCCGACAUGCUGGAGCCGUUUGCCACCGCGCUGCCUUACUUGAUGAAGGAACGCGCGUGCGUGUCGGAGGAGUUCCGCAUCAUCAUGAUAUGCGCCAUAUCCCAAGGACUUGCGACUGAGCUGAAGUCUGUACCUCAGGCCAUCGAGAUGUUCGACAUGACGAUCUUCGACGCGCAGAGUGGCACCGGCAAUGCGAGCGGGCAGGUGGACGGGGAGCAGACGAAGAGGAAGGUCGGCAAGAGCUGGGACUUGAAGGAGAAGCAGGUCGCGACAGACAUGAGCGAUGCUUCAUUAUCAGAGGUGGGGGUGGGUCGUGCAUAUUUGGCUCCGAAGGCUGUCAGGAGCGUUGUCGCCAUUGCGAAGUGCAUCUGUCACGUGGAGAGUUCCGGGCCUCCCACUAUCGCAGUCAGGCAGGCAGGGAUGCUAAUGCACGAGUUGAUCAUGCAGGCCAGCUCUCAAGCUUCGGAACUCGCGCGCACCGUGCAGGCACGCCCCGUCGGCAAGGUCUUCACGGAGGCCAGCCGCAAGCACGUUGCGCAGUCGAUCGAGGGGUCAUGCCGCGUGGUCUACGCUGAAAUCAGCACCGAGAUCUCCAAUAUGCACUUCUUUUUCACCACUGCCCACAGCUCGAUCAAGGCUUGGUCCGCGGCGGCUUGCCACGCGAACUUGCAGUUCGCGGCAGAGAACCUCAACAACUGCAUGAUCUUGAUCGACGUAACGGCCCUGCGAACGACGCGGAUCUGGCGGGGAAGGGGGGUCGACGGCGAGGCCUUCGAGGAGCAGGGGCCCGAGGCCUUCGAGAACUGCAAGGCCAAGCUGGCGAACGCACCCGAGAGGUGCUGCGCGAACCUCCUGCGCCAGCGCGCGGGCGACGCCGUUUUCGACCGCGUGGCAGAGGGAGAUUUCAACCCAGUCGCGGUCGGGAACAAGCUUACUCGCAUCGUGAGCGUUCUGAAGAACAUGGAGGUGCGCGACCAGUUUGCGAGUGAGAUCGUUCAGUUCGCAGGCAUGGUGGGCUUCGCCCACAAGGAGGACUUCACCUUCGGUGCCCCGAGCGCCGUGACCCGCCAGGAGAUCAUCGAAGAUGCCUUUUGCGCCUUCAAGGCCGUCGGUUCAGAUCAACCCGCCAAAGCAUGCAUAUUUGUCCCCGAGUGCUCCGACCAGUACGUCAACGGCAAGGUCGCCGAGUUCGCUCCGACCCGGGCCUUCGCCAUCCAUGGGGUCAGCGAUUUCGUUGUGAAAGAAGUACCUGCAGAAGAGGCUUUCGCCAGGCUGGUCACCAGUCAUGGCGGCAUCACGGGCGCGCUCUUGGAGAAGGCCGGGGGCGCUCGUUCCAUCAUGAUCCCAGGGAAUGCAUUGAAGGGCGAGACGCAGCUCGUGGAGUCUUCCCGCGCGAUGGCGCACCUGGGCCUGGUGACGCAGAUGAAGGGCCUCGUGGGCUGCGCGCGCGUCCACGCGCAGAGCAUGACGUCGCGGAUGCCGGUUCGCGUCGACGGGCCUUUGAUUUCGAGCAAGACCCGCGGCUCCGAGACGACGGGCUGGACGUGUAAGAUCGAGUCCCAGACCGCGCGGCAGCUCAUCAAAUCGCUGGCAGUGGUGCCAGGAGCUUGCAAAGAGAAGCUCCUCGCGAUGGUGGCGGACUCGCCCAAGAAAAACAGUUCGAACUGCAAGGGCGCGCUUCCCGAGAUGGACGCAGCGAUCGACGCUGCGCUCGCAUGCAACGAGAAGAUCGGCAGCGCGCUCUUCAGCAGCAACACCGCGGCGAAAGUCGUCAGCGCGCGCAACGCGCUGCGCAAAAAAAAUAGCACCCUGCACGGCGCGUGCGGGGAAGCCCGCGGAGGCUUCAAGACUUCGGUCAAGUUGGCGCGGGCGUUCUCGCUAGAGAGGAAGUCGCAGGCGAACGGUCAGACCGCUUACCUCCACAAGAAGGAGAACAGCAACUCGCCUACGUGGAUGCCGCGAGGUCUCGGGCGCUGCCGCCCCUGGGGAGCGUCGUGGUGCGGCAGGGGCUCGUGGCGGAGCUCUGGGCAGGGCUGCGAGUGCGGUGGCGGAGCAGAAGCAGGCGGCGGAGGGAGAGGAGGCGGAUGA